AUGGGGACUGUUGCAAAACUUCUGAAAGAGCAGUCCGUAAUUGUUGCACAUACUGAGAAUACAUUUGAUAGGAGCGGAAUAAGAAGAUUGCUAUCCAACAAAUUUGAGCUGGAUAAGGCUCUGGAUACUUCUUUACAAACUAUUCCAAGCAUGAGUUAUCAUGUUUUGGCUGGGAAAGUGCGUUCAUCGGAUGAGCACCAGAACUGCCGAUAUGGCAAGCCCUUGAUUCCAAGAGAUCGCAGUGCAAAAUUGUCAAAACAAUAUCUGCGUGUUGCUCUGGAUGUUCUGGUCCCAUCAUCUGGCUUAGGCCCACUGGGUGCUGUUGAUCAGAUCGACAAAAUCAUAAAUGAAGCUUUCAAGAAGUUAGAUGCGGAUGACAGGAAGUUGGUUAAAGAAGAUGAGUUUAAGAAGCUUCUGACUGAAAUACUUGGGAGUACCAUGCUGCAACUGGAAGGCAAUCCAAUAUCUGUUUCCACCAAAAGGACCACAAACUCUGCCGUGCAUGUGCCGCUUGCGUCCUCCUCCACGCUUUUGGAAGCUCCUUCUUCAUAA